CAAGGCAGUUUAGCGUUCUUCUUGAUGUAAUAACCCAAGCCAUCACUCGCACCAUAAGGUACAUGACCAGUGCACCAUGGAAAACCACACCACAGAUUUAGGCAACUGGGAACUGACAACAGGAUAUGACUAUGGUGAUUCAACACCAUGCACGGGAAUUGAGGAAAAGCACUUAGCAGCAAAUCUUCUGCCACCACUCUAUUCUUUGGUGGUGAUAUUUGGCUUCACAGGCAACAUGCUUGUUGUCCUCAUCCUGGUAAAAUACAAGAGAUUGAGGAGCAUGACUGACAUCUACCUGCUCAAUUUGGCAAUUUCUGAUCUGCUCUUUGUGUUUUCUCUCCCUUUCUGGGCUUAUUAUGCUGUUCACGACUGGAUUUUUGGGGAGGCACUGUGCAGAAUUCUCUCUGGCGUCUACCUGCUUGGCUUCUACAGUGGGAUCUUCUUCAUAAUCCUGUUGACCCUAGACAGGUACCUGGCCAUAGUGCACGCAGUGUUUGCUCUGAAAGCCAGAACAGUCACCUACGGCAUCCUCACCAGCAUGGUCACUUGGGCUGUUGCACUGUUUGCUUCUGUUCCUGGCGUGGUAUUCCACACAACUCAAAGGGAAAAUGCACGUUACACUUGCAGUGCUCACUAUCCAUCAGAGCAGAGAGAAGUAUGGAAGCAAUUCCUGACCUUAAAAAUGAACAUCGUGGGACUGGUUAUCCCAAUGUUCAUUAUGAUCUGCGGCUACAUGCAAAUUAUAAAGACAUUACUGCAAUGUAGGAAUGAGAAGAAACAUAAAGCAGUCAGGCUGAUCUUUAUCAUCAUGAUUGUCUACUUUGUGUUCUGGGCACCGUACAACAUCUGCAUUUUCUUGCGUGAUUUUCAAGGUACCCUUUUCAUCAACACUUGUCAAGGCAGUGGUCAACUGCACAAAGCAAUCCAGGUGACGGAAACACUCUCCAUGAUCCAUUGCUGUAUCAACCCUGUCAUUUAUGCCUUUGCUGGAGAGAAAUUUAGGAAGUACCUCCAUAGCUUUUUCCGAAAGCAGUUUGCAUUCCACUUCUCUAAAUUCUGUCCUGUUUUCUAUGUUGACACAGCUGAACGGGCCAGCUCCAGCUAUACACAGUCUACUGGGGAACAAGAAGUUUCUGCUGCCUUGUAAGCUGUGCCCAGCAAAAAGGUGGAAUUGACUAGUGUGGAAUUAAGCCUGUGAUGGAAACCUGCAGAAUCUGUCCUGGAUGUUGGCUCCAAGGCAGCUGCAAAAGACCACAGAAUGCAUGUUUACCAAAGCUUGGUUUUGCUCAUGUGUUUGGGGUUUUGUACAUAAAUGGCUUUAAACUGA